AUGAGCGGAAGAGGCAAAGGAGGAAAGGGACUCGGUAAAGGAGGCGCUAAGCGUCACCGUAAAGUCCUCCGUGAUAACAUCCAGGGAAUCACCAAACCCGCCAUCCGCCGUCUGGACAACAUGAGUGGAAGAGGCAAAGGAGGAAAGGGACUGGGUAAAGGAGGCGCUAAGCGUCACCGUAAAGUCCUCCGUGAUAACAUCCAGGGAAUCACCAAACCCGCCAUCCGCCGUCUGGCUCGCCGCGGUGGUGUCAAGCGUAUCUCUGGUCUGAUCUACGAGGAGACCCGCGGUGUGCUCAAGGUCUUCCUGGAGAAUGUCAUCCGUGAUGCCGUCACCUACACCGAGCACGCCAAGAGGAAGACCGUCACCGCCAUGGAUGUGGUUUAUGCUCUCAAGAGACAGGGCCGCACUCUGUACGGCUUCGGAGGUUAA